AUGGCAGACGGUAACAGUUCCGAUGAGGAUUUCUCUGAUGAUUGGGCCUUGUAUUCCCAACGACCGGAGUGGUCCGAUCUUGACCCGUUACCCCAGGACGAUGGCGAGAAUCCGGUCGUGAUGAUUCAGUACAGUGAAAGAUUUAACGACGUGUUUGGUUACCUUCGAGCGGUCAUUUCACGCCAGGAAAAGUCCCAGCGCGCCCUUGAGUUGACGAAAGAUGCGGCCAAGCUGAACGCCGCCAAUUACACCGUGUGGCAGUAUCGCCGCGACAUACUGAAAGCGCUCAAUGCCGACCUUUAUGAGGAGCUGUCGUACAUCGGGCGUGUGAUAGCAGACAAUCCGAAAAACUAUCAAGUUUGGCAUCAUCGGCGCGUCAUCGUCGAAUGGCUUGAUGAUCCAUCGAGCGAGCUGGUACUGACGGAAACCAUUCUCGAUAUGGACGCGAAGAACUAUCACGCCUGGCAGCACCGUCAGUGGGUCAUAAAAAAUUACAACCUUUUCGAAGAUGAGCUGCAGUACGUUGAUCGGCUCAUUUCGGAGGAUAUGCGCAAUAACUCGGCCUGGAACGAGCGAUUCUUCGUACUUAAGCACAACGGCUUCACACCUGAGGUGUUGGAGCGCGAGGUCAACUACGUGAUUACACGCGUCGGACUUAUCAAAAACAAUGAAAGCCCCUGGAACUUCCUGCGAGGGCUGUUGCAGCAGGGCACGGGCAAGCUGGCCCAGUUCCCGGUGGUCGUGGAGUUUUGCGAGGCACUGUACAAUGACGGUAUUCGGUCACCGUAUCUGUUGGCGUUCCUGGUCGAUCUGUACGAGGAGCAGUACUUCGAGCUGGUCGGCACUGGUGGGAACGAAGGUGAGGCCGAGCAGUACCAUCAGAAGGUGCAGGACCUGUGCGAGUCGAUGGCCAAUCAGCACGACAAGAUCCGCGGGAAAUAUUGGCGAUAUAUCGCGGAAAACUUCCGGCGAAAAGCAUCCGAACGUGCGUCUGCGGGCAGCGGACGGAAUGGUGUUUAAUGAUCAUCAUAUUCGGGGGACACACCACGCUACUUUGGAGACAGCAAAUCCCCGGGCUGGACCAAUUUUGUUUUUAUCUUAAUUUUGUUU